UUCGCCUUCCAGUCUGGACAGGGCGCCUUUCGCUGUUGCCUUUGCCUUCGCCGCGCACAGGACUCGGUGAGCUGCGCCCCCCGUGGUCCUUCCACCCCGCUGCCCCCUUGAGAGCUCAAGCUCCCCGAAGAUGCCAAGGCGCCGCGUCCCCGCCGCCACCAUGGCUAACUCGGGUGCCCCUCUUCGGCGCAGCCGCCGCCGCACCACCGCCGCCGCCACUGCAGCCUCCCGGGCCGCGGUCGCCGCCGCAGCAGCCGCCAGGGCCGUCACCCGCCGGCCGCCGCCUACCUCGGCCCCGCAGCAAACAGGUAGCAGGAAGCGGAAUGCGGCCGCGAUGGAGGCAGGCGGCGAGGGCUCCUCUUCGCAGGGCGCGGCGGCGGCCGACCGGUCGGGUCCGCAGUUGUCCAAGAAGCAGAGGCGGCCAACGCCGAGGCGCUCGCUGGUGCACUACCUCAAGGGCCGCGAGGUGGGCGUGCGGGGCGGCGCGGGGCUGCAGGGCAUCGAGGGUGAGCUGCGCGGCUACGCGGUGCACAGGCUGCCCGAGCUGCUGAGGGAACGCGAGCUGGCCCUGGGCACCUUCAACAAGGUGUUCGCGUCGCAGUGGCUGAACGCCAGGCAGGUGGUUUGCGGCACCAAGUGCAACACGCUCUUCGUCGUGGACGUGCACUCGGGCCAGAUCACGCGCAUACCCCUGAUGCGGGACCGCGAGCCAGGGUCCAUUCGCAGGGCCCAUAGAGGCUGCGGCAUCCACGCCAUCCAGCUGAACCCCUCCAAGACGCUGUUGGCCACCGGGGGCGAGAACCCCAACAGCCUGGCCAUCUACCAGCUGCCCACCCUGGAUCCCGUGUGCCUGGGCGACCGCCAGGGCCACAAGGACUGGAUCUUCACCAUCGCCUGGAUGAGCGACACGGUGGCCGUGAGCGGCUCCCGCGAUGGCACCGUGGCUCUCUGGCGGGUGGAUCCCGACAUGUUCAAUGGCAGCAUUGCCUGGCACAGUGAUGCGGGGCUCCCGGUGUAUGCCCACAUCCGGCCCAGGGACAUGGAGGCCAUCCCCAGGUCUAACACCAACCCCGGUAACCGCAAGGUGAGGGCUCUGGCCUUCAGCAACCAGAAUCAGGAGCUGGGAGCCUUAUCGCUGGAUGGUUUCUUCCACUUGUGGAAAGUCCAGAACAACUUGACCAGGCAGCUGUCCUUCAGGCUGCCCUACUGCCGAGAGAAUGUGUGCCUGACCUACUGCCAUGAGCCAGCCUUGUUCGCAGUGGGCUCCCAGUCCCACAUCUCCUUCCUGGAUCUGCGCCAGGGUCAGCAAAAUAUCUGGCCUCUGUGCUCCAGAGAGGGAGGCACAGGCGUGCGCUCACUGAGCUUCUACCAUCAUAUCCUCACUGUGGGCACAGGCCAUGGGAGCCUACUUUUCUAUGACAUCCGUGCCCAGAAGUUCCUGGAAGAGAGUGCCAACAGAAGCUCCUUACCUGAACCCAGGAGAAAGCUCAAGCUCACCUGCGGCAGAGGCUGGCUUAACCAUGAUGAUAUGUGGGUGAACUACUUCGGUGGUGUCGCAGAGUUCCCCAAUGCGCUCUAUACCCACUGCUACAACUGGCCUGAGAUGAAGCUUUUUGUGGCAGGGGGGCCUCUCCCUUCAGGCCUCCAUGGGCACUAUGCAGGCCUCUGGAGCUAAGGCUAGCUCAGUAUUCGCCAAUCGCCCAGAUUUAUGUUCCUUUCAUUUCCCAGUUCUGUAUUUGUAGUUUUAAAUUGUGGCUUUAGUCUUCUAGGUUUCUAUUUUACCUGUACUGAGUUGAUUAGGCAAAGAGAAAAAUGUUAUCCUAUAGGAAAUCAAAACGUGGCUUUAAUAAUUUUCUACACUUUCUUAGCACCAUCUUUUUGAAUUUUCUUACAAAGAAUGCCUACUUAACAUAAGUUGUAUAGUUUCUUCCAUUUACAUUUUAUCUCAUGCCAAGAACUGAUUUUCAUAGUUAUAUUUUAUUUCCUUCUGCCAUUAUUCUACUAAUAUUGUUUUACCUAUUUUAUUGUAGUUAUGUUAUUUACUAAGAUUUUUUUCUAAACGUUUAUACAUCUAUUUUAGAACACUAAUGGUACUUUUAUAGCAGUAAUCCAAUUGGAAAGUACAUUCCGAUUUGUAAAUGAUAACUUUUGAAAACAUUCCAUUUGCAAAAUGUACUGUUGGUGUCUGUAGUUGCUACGUCGGUGCUAGACUGUUCAAAAUUUGAUUAAUUUUGAAAAAAUAAGUUGUCAUAGUUGCACAGAACACUUCUGGAAUAGGAUUCUGUUGAUUAUUCAGAAUUAAUUGAAAACCUUAUUAGUAUUUUCUCUUUCAACCUCUCUUUAUGUUUACAUGACUUGUUAGAUAAGUGAUUGUAUAGUUUUUCACUUCCUGCCUUAGCACUAUCAAGAUUUGUGAAUAUAUUUGAAUGUUUCUUGUUUAAGGAAAUUGCACAGUUUCAGUGCCAUAUUUGAAGCAGGGAUUAUAAGUGCAAAUAUAGAAAGUAUGGCAGGGUGAACAGAAUGUUUACUGAUCCAGGUUAUUUACUGGAUAUUUUUCCUGUUGCUGCUUUUUAAUACCAAAUAUAUGUGAAAUACUUUUAAAAUGUCCAAUCCUGAUUGAAAAUUAAGUCACACACACACAAACACACACACACACACACACACACACCAUAGUUUCUAUUCCUUCUUAGUCUUAAUUAAAAAAAUUAAGUUAAUAGAACUUUACUUUCAAAGUGUCUUAUAUAGAGUGAAUAUAGUGUUAAAACUAGUGAUAUCUUCUACCUGUCAGUUUUCAAGAACAUAAGUUUAUUUUCCCCCCAUUUAUUGCAGGUUUAACACUUACAGUAUAGAUGUUUGCACAUAAGUUCAUUUUGAGAAAUUGUACUGGGAAUUUAAGUUUGUUAGGAUUAGGUUUAAGAAGGGUUUUUUUUUUUUUUUUGUUAUUGCUGUUUUGUUUUUGAUUCAGCUAUAUACAGAAUUUGUGGUUUUGGGAAAUCAGGUUGUACUUCCCCAUAUUUGAGACUGCUGGAAAUGAGAGUUGAAUUUGGUCGGUCGCAGUCCCCCAAUACUGGGCAGGUUGUGUUGACCUUACACUAGUAUUGAAUUGUGGGUGUUUUUUUUUUGUUUGUUUGUUUUUCUAAACUGUUUUGGAACCUAAGUGCUGCCUUGUUGUAUACUGACUAAAUGCUGUUCAGUUGCAUAUAAGAAAUAUAAUUUGAGGUACUAAAUAUAAUGUGAGGUACUAAAGUGAGUUGCAAUGCAAAAAAAUAAGUUUUUGUUAGAAGAAAUUGUUAUCAACAAGUUUAUGUAGUUGUUAUAUAGCAGUAAAAUGUAUUUGUGCACACGUGUCUCUAACUUUGUUCUUAACAUGUGGAGAAUGAAGUAUAUUCUUUUAGUUCUCCACUGAUGCUUAAUAAAUCGUAAGCAAGCAGUAAAUAUUCACUGAAUGUAAUUGUCUCUGGAGACCUACAGUUCAAAGUCAAGCUAUAAAAAGUCUGUAAGUGUAUACAUAUAAAUAAAGUUCAUAA